GCGGCGGCGGCUGCCGCCGCCUUCCCGACCCGCUACCUCCGCCUCCGCCUUUCUCGGGCCGGGGUGAUGGUGAAGCUCUCCGCCAAGUGCCUGCUGGCAGGUGAUCCAGCUGUGGGGAAGAGUGCUUUAGCCCAGAUGUUCCGCAAUGAUGGGGCUCAUUUUCAGAAGAACUAUACAUUGACAACGGGCAUUGAACUGUUGGUGAAGGCUAUAUCAGUUCCAGAGACAAGUGAUAGUGUGGAAUUCUUCAUUUUUGACUCUGCAGGCAAAGAUCUAUUUUCUGAGAUGCUGGAGAAACUGUGGGAGCAACCAAAUGUCCUGUGCCUUGUGUAUGAUGUCACUAAUGAGCAAUCUUUCAGCAACUGUGCCAAGUGGCUGGAAAAGCUGAGGGCACAAGCAGUUGGAAUGCACAUCCCAGGUGUCUUAGUGGGGAAUAAAACAGAUCUGGUUGGUCGUCGAGUUGUGGAACAGAAGCAAGCACAGGAAUGGGCUGACAAACAUGGCCUGGAAUACUGUGAGAUGUCUGUAAAGGAGAUGAAAAACUUUGAGGCCCCUUUCAACAUCCUGGCAAAGUCAUUCUACCAACUGUACAAAGAAAAAGUGGAAACUUUUCACUCACUAGCUUGAGGGCCGUGACUGGGAUGACUUAACUUCAGAACUUCUUCUAGUGCCCAGAAUCCUGUGGAUUGGAAUACAGAGAGAGGAAAAAAGAUGAGCUUUUUGCUUCUUCACAGUCAUCUUCUGGUAAUUCAAAAUAAACUAGAAAUAAGCGAAUGGAAAGACAUUAUUUUGGAAUUGCUACCUUAGCACCCCCUUCAUGUCCUUUACCUCGGUUCUCUGCUCACUGAAAGUCGGUUAGGUUGGAAGAGGAAGGAAUAAAAGGGGGAGGGCAGAAUGGAAAUUGCCAGCUUUUUGCCUUGAUAAUAGUGCCUUAUCUCAUGUCUGAACAAAAUUCCUGCAAGGAUGUAGAGAUUUGGAGGAGGAGAGAAGAAGCUGACAGGAUAUUUUUCAGCUUAAGCAACCCAGUACUGGUACGUACGUUGCAGGGCAGGACUGAUUCAGCCCUACUACUUGCAAAGCAUUUUCAGUAGAAAGUCUGUGGGCUGAAAUGGACACGUAGUUGGAUUGGAUUUAGGUGUUUUUCUGGGAACACCCGGAGUUUGAGGCCUAUUUUAACAGUGUUAUUCGUAUCAGUUCUAGGAUUGAUAUAGUGAUGGCUAACAUCUCUUUGUAAUGCCAAGAAUUUGGUUUUCUUCAACGGGGCUCUUCCACUGCCGGUCUGUCUUGCACCUGUGCCAUUGUCACUUGGUAACGCAGUGCCCUCUGCUGGACCCGGGUCACAAAAUUUCUGAAGCAGCUACCUCUGAAGCAAGAAGGACUUUGUACAGUCUCACCCAAAUUGGCUUACCUGUAAAAUGAAGUCAUAUGGUGAGAAUAUGUCUUUUAUUCCAGGGGCAAGUCGUAAACUGAAAUUGCCCUUCCUUCUUCAUGCAUUUGUUAUUUUAUUUGUUUCUGUGUCAUUUUGCAUCUUGUCAGCUAAACUUACAAACAUCACAUUCACAUCUUCUCAUAGGUUUAGCUCUCCAUCCCUUACUAGAAUCAGUCACCUUUGUUGUUAAACUUUCCCUCCUUAUCCUUGAAUUUCAAAGUACAAGCUAUGAUUCUGAUUUCAGUUGUGGAAACAGGACUCAGGUUGAAAGACAAACUAGCUAAGUUAAUUUGAUUCAGCCACGUACAAAUUUUGUAUCAGAAAGGGUAAAAGCCUGGACAGAACACUGUGUGAGAUGUUGACAUUGCAUAUGUAAGAAUUGCUAAUACUUGCUAAUACAGUAUGUGAAAACAUCCAGUUAUGUACUGCCUUGCAGCUGGACCUAACAUUAAAGAGUUCAAAACUGUAGCAUUUCUCCUCUUCCAGAACUAUUUUGGCCUCCCUUGGGUAAGGAAAGCUAAUUUCUGAGGAGAAUAAACACUAAGGAGUUUUUCAGGCAAGCUUUUCAGGAAUCUGUGUUUCAAUACUUUUAUACAUAUAUUUUAUAACCACUUUUAUGCCCAGUGCUAGGAAUAUGACUGCAGAUGUUGUAGCAGAGUUUAUGAAGCACUUCAAGAGUCUGCAAUAGCAGCUGGGCUCAUUUCACUGGCAACACUAUGUUGAUGCUGGGAAUUAGCUAGGGAGCAUGAACACAAGCUAAAGAGGUUAAGCAGGCCCUGAGCUUGCUGGAAAAGAAAAUAAAUAGGCUUCUUGUUGUUUUGUUUUGUUUUUCACAAAUCCACUUGGGGGGGUGAGGGGGAGAAGACAUAGCUGGGAAAGCUCUUAUUUGAAGAAAAGGAGGACUCCUCCUUGGGCUUAGGGUCACUAGAUACAACUCACCUUUUUUGGCUUGGGUUACCUUGUUAAUCCUGGGGGUGUCUGUUGAUUUACAUAGGCUGAAUGGAAGUUUGCCUGUGGAUGCUAGUACCCCUAUUAGGAAUAAAAGUUGUUUUGGAUGUUGAACUGAUCUACAGAAGGUAGUUCAUUUCCUCCUAUUUUUAUUGAUGAUGUGAUUGCAACACAAGACUUCUUUUUUUCAUCUUGAAAAUAGCCUGCCAGCUGUGCCUGUCCCCUGUGAUGCGGUACAUGGGGGGAAGGGAGGGGAGUGAAUGCCUUAGGAAUGGGUGAUGAAAUGAAUCCUGCAUGAUCUCUAACGGGUGAGUUCAAUCUCUCUGCGCCAGAAAGAUCUCCCGUAACUUCAAAUAAACAGCCUACAUACACCAGUAAGAUGAAGAUUGGUGAACAUUGUUUUAUUAAAUGAACACAAAAGCUGGAGGAUCUCAUUAAGGGAGUGCUGGUGGUGAUUUGUGAUUUAUUGGGAAGCUGCUUUUGAUAGGUUAGCGAAGAAAAAUGCACCCCAUGCAGGGAAAGAUAUAUUGCCAGAGAGAGGAAACGUGUAAUCUAAUUAGCUAGCAGUAGGGAUUCACCCACUGCCCCGUCCUUCAUUCUGCAGGCCAAGACUAGAAAUAGAAAAGAGGUUGUGUCUAAAGCUCAUAGCCCACCUUGCUGUUUGGCCAUUACUAUCUCCAUCAUUCUAAUGCAUUUUAAAAGCAGAAUAUAUUGUCCUUUCUAGCUAACAGGCUAUGUAAUAGCAGCGUGAUGCAGGUGAUGCUAUUUUCCUAGCUUAUUUGUGACCUUGGUUAUAGAGACUAAUAUGAAGGGUGAAUGGAGACCAUGGGAGUCAGAUACAACCAGGCUGUGGAAAAGUUUUGUCUAUAAAGUGAGGAUGCUUGUUUGCUGCUUAGCCUUUGCAUCUCCCUGAAUUAAGGGUGCUGUGGAGGACAGGGGGAGGAAAGCAGAAAGUAUGUCUGCUGGCCAUUGUUGUCUUUUUACAGCUCCUCUACUUUGUCCAGCUAUGCAGUGCUGUAGGUGUUACAAGGAUAGAUAAUGGCAGGACAAAGGGAAAUGGUUUUAAGUUAAAGGAGGGAAGAUUUAAGUUGGAUGUUGGGGAAGUUCUUUACCUGAGAGUGAUGAGGUGCUGGCACAGGUGCUGGCACAACCAGAGAGGUUGUGGAUGAGCAACCCUAGAGGUAUUCAGGGCCAGAUUGGAUGGGGCCUCGGGCAGCCUGGUCUAGUAUUAGAUAUGGAGGUUGGCAACCCUGCAUGCAGCUGGGGGGUUAGAACUUCAUGAUCCUUGAGGUCCCUUCCAACCCAGGCCAUUCUGUGAUUCUAUGUGUUCAGCGUGCAUGCUGACAACACGAAAGAACCCUAAUUCAGCCAGAACUGAAAUUUCAAAAGACAGGAGAGGAAACAAGCAGGCCUUUAACCAGGCCUUUAACCAUCUUUAAGAAAUGUGUAGUCCUUUUUCCUGCUUGUUUUUUGUUUUGUUUUGUUUUGUUUUGUUUUUUUGAUUGGGGGAAAAAACUGUCUUUUCUCCUCAGAGUUCCUCCUUACCUUUCCUUUGGUCCUCAUUUCUCAUUUUUUUACUGGAAAAAAAAAAUUAAGAAAAGGUUUACAUAGAAACCUUUUUACAUUUGUGCCUGGCUCUGUGUGGUAUGCUACAUCACCAUUUAAAAAAAAUUGUUGUUGUUUUAUAAUUUCUUCAUUGGCUUUUCCCAAGACUAUAAGACAUUUUGUCUUAGGGAAAUAAAUGGAUGAACAGAAAUGGAAUUUUAGUCAAGUUGUCUCUGAGGAGUGAACCUCAUAAACUGACUGACAUUCUGAAAUUUUACUGGAAAUUCAUUUUUGUAAAGUUGUCUAAUGAAGGUUGCUUUCAUAGUUUUGUUUUGUCUUGCCAGACAUGUUCUACCAUGGAGUGAAAUGCAGGAUAUAAAACUCCAGAAAGAUCAAUCCUUGUUGUAGGAUUUAAUAAGAACUUCAAAGUUGAUCAUACAGUGAUAAUUUCUGUUCAAUCUUAACAAUGGAAUGGUCACUGCUGUUCAUAAUAAAGCAACACAUAUACUGAAA